CAAAGUCUGAACCAGUCACUACUGACAUGCUAUGAAACACAUCAAAAGAACUCAGUUAUAACAAAAUUCAGAGCAGCUCACAGCCUAAAAUCUUCUUGGAUUACUCUAUGAAAGUUUCUUAAUAGAACCAAAAGGAAGGUUCUGGUUGGACGGACUUUGCAUCUUCUUGUAAAUAUUUACAUAGAUUUUCUUACCUCUAAACAAUUCCAAAAAUCAUGCAGAAUCCAAAACAUUGUAUAACUCUGACAACAUUGCUAUUAUCGGUAUUUGUAGUAUAUGGAGACAAGAAUGAGUCAUCUUUAAAACCAUCAGUCUUGGAACUUCCAACUACCACUAUAAAGCCAUAUGUCUCAAAAUCUAAUAUAUCAAUCUAUAAUCAAUUUAAAAAUAAAACCGUUCAAACUGGAAGAACCAAAUUACCCCCAAUGUGUGAAAAGCCUGCUGAGAUCACUCAUACUUUUAAAUAUAUAAAUACAGUUGUAUCCUGUGUGAUUUUUGUAGUUGGUAUUGUUGGCAACUCAACACUGUUAUGGAUAAUCUACAAAAAUAAGACCAUGAGAAAUGGCCCCAACAUACUAAUAGCCAGUCUGGCACUGGGGGAUCUGCUACAUAUCAUCAUUGACAUUCCGAUCAUGACAUACAGGCUUCUUACUCCAGGAUGGCCCUUUGGAGUCGAAAUGUGCAAAUUAGUGCCCUUCUUGCAAAAGGCUUCCGUUGGUAUCACUGUAUUAAGUUUAUGUGCACUAAGUGUUGACAGGUAUCGGGCUGUUGCAUCCUGGAGUCAAAUUAAAAAUACAAGUCUUUCAAAAUGGACAGUAGUGGAAGUUCUUCUGAUAUGGGUUGUAUCAGUUAUAUUAGCAAUCCCAGAAGUUAUAGCUUAUGAUGUUAUAACCAUUGACUACAAAGGACAGUCCAUCUCAUCCUGUAUGGUUCAUAAUAUACAGACAACAGCUUUCAUGCAGAAUUACCGGAGUUAUAAAGACCUGUGGUUAUUCAGUUUCUUUUUUUGCCUGCCUCUGCUUGUGACUGCUCUAUUCUACACACUUAUGACAUUUGAGUUGCUGAGAAAGAAGAGAGGAGCGGCAGUAGCUUUAAAUGAUCAUGUCAGACAGAGACGGGAGGUUGCUAAAACGGUUUUUUGCCUUGUGCUUGUAUUUGCUAUUUGCUGGCUUCCUCUGCACAUCAGUCGUAUGAUUAAGUUUUUCUUAUAUGACAUUAACAGUCCAAAUAGAUGUGAGCUUUUAAGUUUCCUCCUCUUUUUAAACUACUUUGGUAUAAACAUGGCUUCUCUAAAUUCCUGCAUCAACCCUAUUGCACUUUAUUUUGUCAGCACGAAAUUUAAAAACUGUUUCAAGUCAUGCUUAUGCUGUUGGUGCAAUAUUAAAGAGACGGAAGAUAAGCAUUCCUGCAUGAAGUUCAAAGGUCAUGAUCAUGGAUAUGACAACUUUCCAGAUAUUAGCAAAGACAGCUCUUCAUAAAACAGAAGAUUCAUCUAUGUGUUUAUUCCACUCAUUCAGCUAAACACAAUUACCAUUUGUAAAAAACCAAGAGGAACCUCGAGGGAAGCCAGCAUAUACAAAGGGCUGAUUAUUUACAGUUUUAGAACAUUUUCUACCCACACAAAAGAAGCUUGCAAAUGCAUUGUUUAAGCACUUAAACCAAUUAGAGGCUGUGCUUCCAGGUCAUCCCAAACAACUACUCGCACCACACUACUGGUGCCAUUCAAUAAAAAGUGUCUUGCAGAGUUUGUCACGCCAGAAGAUUAGUGAAGUACAGAUAACAAUACCUUUGUGUCAUGUUUAUGACAGCAUAAAAAUGUUUGAUAUAAUCAGAUUACUACAGAAGGUAAAGUAGGAUUUUAACUAGAUUGGGGAGGAAAUAACAUUUGUAUACAGUACAGUGUUUUUGCAUCUUUUAUACAAACAGUACUGUUUGCAUUUAGCAAAUCUGAAGGACAGUAAACACUAAAUACAUUUUACGCACAUUCCGCUAGCAAAAGGUGCUGCUGUUUUGAAACCUAGUUUUUACUGCAGGCUUCUGAAGGAGAAUAGCUGCACAUGUGGAACACGUCAGUACUGGAAUGCGGUAAAAGCUAGAUUUCAACAUGGCGGCAGCCAUGACUAGAGGGAGGCGGAGAAUAACAUCAAUUCUAUGCUUAUAAAAUGUAUUUAGAUUUUAAUGUCCCUUUAAAAUAUAACAAUUGAAAUAACGAACUAAAAUACAACAAAGCACAAACAACCCUUAAACUGCAGAUAAUGUUUUAAACACAGUCAGGCAUUUUUAGGCAUAUACCUGCUGGACUCAUACCUAGGGCCAAUAAUUAUGAAAUAUAUAGCAGAUCCUCAUCUAAGGCUAGGUUGUGUGUGUGUAAAAUACUAACCUAUAAUGAGAUAUAGAAAAUAAUAGACUGGGCCUUGUUAUCACAAUAUGGAAUUGUGAAAUAAUUUGAAUGAUCUUAAAUGAGAGAAUUCCCGUUGAUUAAUAGUAAUAGGUUAAAACAUUAAUUUGCUUUAAAAAUGAUAAUAUAUAAUAUAAGAAAUUUAGUUUAUUACUUUAUCAUUAAUAACAAUGAAAGUGCAGCCUAUACUUACAGUAUAUUAAGUACCAGUAUCUAGCUGUAAAAUGUUAAGUGUCAUGAUAAUUCACUGUCAAAUAUAUUACUAAAAAUCAUUGUAUAACAUUCUAGGGGGCUGAUUUAUCAGUCUGUCUGACAUGAUAUGCUGUAGCGUAUCAUGUCCGACAGACAUCGCUGAAUGCCGACAGCAUACGCUGUCAGCAUUUAAAAUUGCACAAGCAGAUUUGUGGCCGCUAGCAGGGGGUGUCAAUAAACCUGAUUGUAUAGGAUCAGGCGGAUUGAUGUCCGCAGCCUCAGAGGCAGCGGCCAGUUAAAGGGACACUGAACCCAAUUUUUUUCUUUUGUGAUUCAGAUAGACCAUGCAAUUUUAAGCAACUUUCUAAUUUACUCCUAUUAUCAAAUGUUCUUCAUUCUCUUGGUAUCUUUAUUUGAAAUGCAAGAAUGUAAGUUUAGAUGCCGGCCUAUUUUUGGUGAACAACCUGGGUUGUUCUUGCUGAUAGGUGGAUAAAUUCAUCCACCAAUGAACAACUGCUUUCCAGGGUCUGAACCAAAAAAUUGCUUAGAUGCCUUCUUUUGCAAAUAGAGAUAGCAAGAGAAAGAAGAAAAAUUGAUAAUAGGAGUAAAUUAGAAAGUAGCUUAAAAUCGCAUGCUCUAUCUGAAUCACAAAAGAAAAAAUGUGGGUUCAGUGUCCCUUUAAGGAGAAGCUGUCUUAAGACCGCUGCUUCAUAAUUGUUGUUUCUGGCGUUUCUGGCCUUAAGGCUCGUGCGGAAACAGGGGCAUCAGGGGCCAUUCGGCCUUGAUAAAUCAGUCCUUUACAAUUAAAAUGUAUACGUCUAUAUAAUAUUUCAGAAAGGAAUACUGCAUUUUAAUUGGCUACACUGAAUUGUAAAUGCUAUUUAUAUUAUGACUGAUCUGAAACCACGAAUAUUGAGUUCAGAUCAUCAGAACAACUUUGAAGGCAAUUAUAUUGUAUUGUAUUGCAUUAUAUAAAGACUUUUAUUUUACUUUCACUUUGUAGAAGGAGGUUCAUACAGAGGAAGUGGAUCAGGGUAAAUAUAGAAAUACAAUUUACUGCACUAGCUUUAUUAAAUUGAAAAGUAAGCAUUUUAAUAAUGAAAAACUACUAGAUCAGGCCACAGUAGUUUAACUUUUGUUUUCAAUUUUCCUUUAAAGCUUUUGAAUUAAUUUUCAUUAUAUUAGGUGACUGAUUUACACUUAAAUCCAGUAUUAAACACACCAAUAUUAACUUACCUUAAGUUAUGUGUUGGUUAGUAUGUAUAUUCUUGUUAAUAUUACUAUAUUUUUUAUCUUGAUUAAUGCAGUUUUAUAUUAAAAACGGGUAAGCAGAUAAAUGUAUAAUAGCCAAUGUUAUAUUUCAUUGUAUAUUAUUAUUUUAUUAUAUAAAUAAAAAAACAUUUAAGUUAGGAAGACUAUACUUCAAUUUAUAUAUAUAUAUAUAUAUAUAUAAAAAAAAAAGUUCUGAGGCUAUACUUGUAAAGACUAAUAAAACUAUUUUAGUUACA